UAGAAUUGUGUAAGCGUUUGGAGAGUCGGGACUUUAUUGGAUCAUUGGAUUCAGAUUACAAUUUCAGAAAGCAAGAAACUAGGGUUUUUUCUCCGGCGGGGAUUUGAUGAAUCAACAGUCGAAAAGGAAGAAUUUCCGGAAAAGGAAUUGUUGCGAUACAGAAGAUGGAGGAGAUGGGGCGAAUUCCACUGCCACCAAAUCGGAGGAGGAAGAAGAAGAGCACAGGAUGGCAUUGGAGGAGGUAAAAUUUUUGCAGAAACAGAGGGAGAGGAGGGCUGGAAUUCCUGCACUUCCAUCUGUAUCGAUGCAGACCAGCACCACCGGUGCUAGCGGCGCCAGCGGCGGCGGCGGUGGUCUUGUUAGGAAAUCCACUGACGCUAACAGUAAAACUGGUGGCGGCGGGGGCAGUAAGAAUGAAAGCGCGGGAGGCGAAGGCGACAAGGAUGAUUUGGUUCUUCAGGAUACCUUCGCUCAGGAAACGGCCGUCAUGGUUGAAGAUCCUAAUAUGUUGAAGUACAUCGAACAGGAACUGGCAAAGAAAAGGGGGAGAACUCUCGAGACUGUAGAAGGUGCUGAGAAUGACUUGAACCAGGCGGAAGAUGAACUAUACAAAAUCCCGGAGCAUCUUAAAGUGAAAAGACGAAAUUCUAAUGAAAGUUCCACUCAGUGGACUACAGGGAUUGCAGAGGUUCAGCUGCCAAUUGAAUUCAAGUUGAAGAACAUUGAAGAAACCGAGGCUGCAAAAAAGCUUUUGCAGGAGAAGAGAUUUGUGGGUCGGUCAAAAUCAGAGUUUAGCAUCCCCUCAAGUUUUAGUGCUGAUUAUUUCCACCGGGGCAGGGAUUAUGCUGAAAAACUUAGAAGAGAACAUCCUGAGCUAUACAAGGGUAGAAAUUUGCAAGAGGAUGGUUCUGGUUCCAAACCAACUGAUACUGGCACAGAGGCUGCAGGACAAAGGCAGGCUGCCACAGAUGAGUUCAUGCUAGAACGCUUCCGGAAACGGGAACGCCAUCGUGGUAUGCGGAGGUAACAUAUUUCUCGGACUGCUGUUUCUCCAGAAUAGGAAGUGAGCUACUUGAUAAGUUAAGCAUCAAGGAUAAAGGUUUUGGUCGUACAAAUAUUCUUUCACAUCAUGAUGGCCAUCUCAGGACCUCAGGUUAGAGAGGAAAUGAAAUCCAUUCUUAGUUCAUAGUUGUGAAGUCGGCUGACUGACUUAUGAUUCAAAGAGAGUUUUGGAUAUACUAUCUACUUGUGUCUUAGUAUAGCCUCUUUGUGUUACUUUUUAGGUUUUUCAGCUUUCAUGUACUAGUGCAGAGAUAGGUCAAAAGAUGUGGAAAGAAAACGUCCUUUUAUGGUGACGUUGAGAUAUUGAGAACAUGAACGAUACCGAUGAAGGAAAAUUGUAGACGAUAUGUUAUUAGAUGAUGUCUUAGCUAAUUAAUUCCAGUUUUAUUAUGUUACUCUA